AUGGCUGAAAUUCACGAUCAGUUCGAUACAAUCCUUAUCCUUGAUUUUGGAUCACAGUACAGUCAUCUAAUCACAAGAAGAUGUCGCGAGCUCAAUGUAUACGCAGAGCUGAUGCCCUGUACGACUAAAAUCAGUGAUCUCCACUUCAAACCUAAAGGAAUCAUUCUCUCGGGAUCGCCUUAUUCGGUCUACGACGAUGAUGCACCCCAUGCUGAUCCCGCCAUCUACACCCUCGGCGUUCCGAUCUUGGGCAUCUGCUACGGUCUCCAGGAAAUGGCUUAUCAUAACAAGGGAAAAAUCGCUCAGUGCAAUCACAGAGAAUAUGGGUUCGCCCAGGUGGAGGUGUCCAAGAUAGGUGAAGGUAGCAGUUCGUCUGUGGAUGCUUUGUUUGAAGGGCUCGGGGAUAUGCAGGUAUGGAUGUCUCACGGCGACCAACUCUCUGAGAUGCCACCGAAUUUCCACAUCAUCGGACGAACGCAGUCAGCUCCAUAUGCUGCCAUCGCACACGACUCUAAACCUUUCUACGGUAUCCAAUUCCACCCAGAAGUGACUCACUCUCCUCGCGGAAAGGAAGUCAUUGGACGAUUUGUCCUCAACAUCUGCGGCUGCCGAACUAACUGGACAAUGGAAGAGUUUAUUGGGAAAGAGAUUGCGCGUAUUAGAGAUAUUUGUGGGCCAAAAGGUCGGGUGAUCGGGGCUGUUAGCGGGGGUGUUGAUAGUACUGUGGCCGCAAAGCUGAUGCACGAAGCUAUCGGGGAUAGAUUCCACGCUAUCAUGGUCGAUAACGGCGUCUUACGUCUGAAUGAAGCCAAACAAGUUAAUGAGAUGUUGAACAAAGAUCUCGGUGUCAACCUCACCGUUGUUGACGCAUCAGAUUUGUUCCUGUCGCGCCUGGAAGGAGUAGAAGACCCCGAGAAAAAGCGAAAGAUCAUCGGAAACACGUUUAUCAACGUGUUUGAAGAGGAAGCAGCUAAGAUUGAGGCCGCUGCUGAGGCGGAAGAGAAGAAGGGCGCUGAGGCAAAGGGCAGAGUUGAGUGGCUGUUGCAAGGGACGUUAUACCCUGAUGUCAUCGAGAGCAUCAGCUUCAAGGGUCCGAGUGCGACCAUCAAGACGCAUCACAAUGUGGGAGGUCUUCUCGCUGACAUGAAACUCAAGUUGAUAGAGCCGUUAAGAGAGCUGUUUAAAGACGAAGUGCGUGCAUUGGGACGGCUCUUGUCUAUUCCUGCUCCUCUCGUACAGCGCCAUCCGUUCCCAGGGCCUGGACUUGCCAUUCGUAUCCUUGGACCAGUAACGCGCGAGCAAGUAAAGAUAUUGCAACAGGCUGAUAGCAUCUACAUUGAGGAAAUUCGAAAUGCAAACCUGUAUAACCAGAUCAGUCAAGCGUUUGCUGUACUUUUACCUGUUAAGGCUGUGGGAGUUAUGGGGGACAAGAGAACAUACGAGCAGGUCAUUGCCCUUCGUGCAGUGCAGUCAGAGGACUUCAUGACGGCCGAUUGGUAUGUAUUCCCCCCAGAGGUUUUGCGAAGAAUAUCUUCCCGUAUCACGAAUGAAGUCUCUGGAGUGAAUCGCGUCACUUACGACAUCUCUUCCAAGCCACCUAGUACUGUCGAGUGGCUGUAGAAUUCAGGCUUCCUUUGUGAUGCAAUUUAUGAAAAAAGGUUACUCGUGAUGGGUGAAUGUUGAUAGACUGUAUCGUAGAUCUCGCUGCAAAACAUAGGUCUAGGGAGAUAAAUAAAUAUAAGGAUAGUUCCUGC